CUAAAUUCGCUAUCAUGUAGUUUUUUUGGGUAUUAUUAACACAUUAAUCUAAUUAAAUGUUAAAUUUUUUUUGGUCAUAUAUUUAUUUAUUUUUUUUGAAAAAAAAUUGUAGUAUAAGGCUCAUGCAAGUGACACGUGUAGGAAAGUAGAUAUUUGUGAGUUCACCUUCCAAAUAAAGGAACUAGACACGGCCAACAUAGCAUCUGGUAGGCAAUUUGCAAAAUUGGACAUGGGUUCACUCCAGAACUCUACUUUGAAGGUUGAUAGUAUUUUUUUUUCCCUCUCAAGUAACAGAAAAAAGAUUUUCCUCUAGAAUGAGAUGUUAGAGUAAGCAUAAAUUAUUUUUUCAGGUAUGUUAUUUUUCAAAUCGCUAUGUACAUAUCCUUAUUGAAAUGUAUUGUUUUGGUUUUAAUUAUGUGUUCGUUGAUAGUUUUGUUUGGUGUAUGUGGAAAACAUAAUCAUUAAUCAUAAUGUCCCUGUUGAAUUAUGUAGCAUUUAUGUUGUUUCAGGUAUGUUUGCUGUUCUGUUCAUCUUUGUCUGUUUCUUUCAACUAAAUUGUACUCUGUAAUAUGUAUCAGGAAAAUAUAAGUUCUAAACAACUAAAAAUAUUAUCUUAGGAAAGGCAUACCUUUAUGAAGGUGCAGUGAAGUUUUUUUUGGGUUGUUCAUGUGUUACUAUGUUGAAUCCUAAGCCUUUUGUAAUCUGCGUUUUAAAGCAUAUGUGCCAAAUGAGUGUCUCAAACUUGAUUUUGUUUUAAGCUCUCGACAUGUGUUUUACCGCACUUCAAUCUCUCCCUCGCGCGACCGCCGCCGGCCGUUCGUCACUGCCAUCUUCAGGCCACCAAUGCCAGACUCGCUGCAGUCGAUUGCGCAUUCCUCUUCCCAGGAACCAGUCAACAUGCGGGCGGCGCGGCCGCACCGACCGCCACCUCCGAAUCCGAGCAAUCGACGCCGCCCAGCACAACGACUGCGAAUCGCAGAUCUCGAACAUCUUCCCGAAGUCGAGAAAGCUGAAAAUCGCGGUUUUAGGGUUCGGUAACUUCGGUCAAUUUCUCGCCAAGGCGUUCGUCCGGCAAGGCCACUUGGUGAUGGCUCACUCGCGCUCCGAUUACUCCCUCGCCGCCCAAUCGAUCGGCGCCUCCUUCUUCUCCGAUCCGCACGACCUCUGCGAGCAGCACCCUGACGUCAUCCUCCUCUGCACCUCCAUCAUCUCCGCCGAGACAGUCCUCCGUUCUCUCCCGAUCCAAAGGCUGAGGCGCAGCACCCUAUUCGUGGACGUCCUCUCCGUGAAGGAAUUCCCUAAGAACAUCUUCCUCCAAUUUCUCCCCCAUCAUUUCGAUAUCCUCUGCACUCACCCAAUGUUCGGGCCCGAGAGCGGGAAGGGCAGCUGGAGGGGGUUGCCCUUUGUGUUCGACAAGGUCCGAAUUGGGGACGAGGAGUCCAGAGUGUUAAGGGCAGAGAGAUUCCUCGACAUUUUCGCGAAAGAAGGGUGCAGGAUGGUGGAAAUGAGCUGCGCAGAGCACGACAGGCACGCCGCGGGCUCCCAGUUCAUCACCCACACAAUGGGGAGAGUGCUGGAGAAGCUGGGGCUUGAAACGACCCCGAUCAAUACGAAAGGGUACGAGACAUUGCUGGAUCUGGUGAAGAACACAGCCAGCGACAGCUUCGAUUUGUACUACGGGCUGUUCAUGUACAACAAGAAUGCAAUGGAGCAGCUGGUGAGGCUCGACUUCGCAUUUGAGUCGCUGAAGAAAGAGCUGUUCGGGCAUUUGCACAACAAGUUGAGGAAGCAGUUGUUCCGCAAGGCGGAGGAGGAAACGGGGGAGAGAGUUGUGCUCUCAAAGUUGCCUAAGAAUGGCUUCUAUGCAUUGCCAUCUUCCAUGGGCAAGACGGAGGAAACGGUGGAGAGAGCUAGCAGGCUUUCCAAGUUGCCCAAGAAUGGCUAUGCAUUGCCAUCAUCUUCUUCUUCCUCUUCCUCUGAGCUUAAGGCGAAACUUGAAGUCCCGAAGUUCACCGGGAAGGAGGACCCGGAAAUUCACGUCAAAACCCUCCAUCAAAGUGGGCGGAUGAUGGGUCUUUCCGGGGAUGAGAAAUGUUUGCUUUUCUUUCAGACCCUCCGCGGCCGAGCCGCCGAGUGGUUUCAUAACUUACCGGCCGGUGAAAUCGAUUCUUUCGAUGAACUGGCUGAGGUGUUUCAAGAAAAGUUCAAGGAAAACUGUACCAAGAGGAAAAAGUUUACCUACUUGAGUACAGCCGGGCAGCGAGAGCUUGAGGAUCUGACAAAAUUCCUCACCCGGUGGAAGGAUGAGGUUGACAAGGUGGAGGAGAUGGACGACAAGACAGCAAUGUCCCUCCUUGUAUCCGGGCUCCGGUCCGGAGAACUAUACAAAGAAUUCUGCAGGAGGCCUCCCCAGUCCUAUCAAGAGGCCUAUAACACGGCUUGGGACUAUGCUGACGCUGAAGCCCAGGUGUCAUCCAAGAGGGAAGCCGAGCAGGGCCACUCAAAGGGAAAAGUUUCCUUGAAAAAGGAAAUUACAUUGCCCGGUAAGAUAAAAGCAGAAGUCAUGGAGGUAAAACCGGUCAAAACAGAGAAGAAACUGACCGGCGAGAAACAAUGGACGGAGAAGUAUUGCUCUUUUCACAAAACUGAUUCCCAUAACACUGCAGAGUGUAACAGUGUGAAGGGGGUAAUAAAGCAGAUGAUUGAGGCCGGUGAGAUUGAUCCUGAAUAUCUGGCCCAGGCUAAGCAAAAGAAGAACCAAUGGGUCAGACCAGAAGGACAACCGGCUGAGCAGAAUAAAAAGAAGAAAACCACCGGUAAAGAGCAUUUACAGGUCAUCUACGGUGCACCGGAAGGGGGAGAUUCUGCUUCCCAAAGGAAGAAGUGGGGGCGAGAACUCUACGUGGGGACGGUAGCCCUCAAUCCCCGGUCAAAACAAGCAAGACGGGAACCGAUCACUUUUACUGACCGGGACCUCCCCGCCACCGGAGAAGAUCACAAUGACCCCCUGGUUAUAACUAUGGACAUGGGUGGAGUCGAUGUAUCCCGGGUACUCGUUGACACGGGAAGUAGUGUCAACGUUUUGUACUUGGAUGCAUUUGAAAAGCUCAAGUUGUGUCGGACACGGCUUGAGCCCUUAAAGACUCCCCUGUCCAGGUUCACCGGGGACUCUGUUGAAGCUGAAGGGUCAAUCCUUCUUACUUGUGAGUUAGGCACAGGAGACCAGGUCGUCCAGAAACAAAUGAGGUUUGUGGUAGUGAACAUCAAAUGUGUUCAUAACGCCAUCCUAGGCCAACCUGGAAUAAACAAGGUCCGUGGAGUCAUCUCCAUGGCCCACCUCUGCAUGAAAUUCUAUACCCCGGGCGGUAUAGGACAGGUCAGAGGAGAUCAAAAGAAGGCCCGGCAUUGCUACUUGGAGGCCGUAAAGAAAAUGACCAAGGCAUUUGAGAGAGUCACUUUGGUCUCUCAGGAAGAAGAGCGGUCGAAGCUAGAGCUGGGCGAUGAAACUGAGCAGAUUGUUCUCCGAGAAGCCUUCCCAGAAAGAGUGGUACGGAUCGGAAGAGAUCUGCCCGGAGGACUUCGAGAUGAAAUCAUCUCAGUUCUUUGGGAAUAUGUAGAUAUUUUCGCUUAGAGUGUGGCGGACAUGCCGGGCAUUGACCGUUCUGUCAUAUGCCAUCGUUUGGCUGUGAUGGAAGGGAGCCGGCCUGUGAAACAAAAGAAGAGGCACUUGGCGAUCGUCCGUAGGGACUUUGUGAAGAAAGAAGUCAAGGACUU